AUGAGCUUUCAAAGGAUUACCUCACUGGCGUUUCUAGCCUUGGUGCUGCAGUUGGCGAUGAUGGUUGAAGGCAAAUCAACAAUGGAACAGAUGGCAAAAGCGAGUGAAAUGAUGCGAAACGUGUGUAUAGGAAAGUUUAAACCUCCGCUGGAACAGGUCGAAGGGCUUGGUCGGGGAGAAUUUGCCGACAGCAAGGAAAUUAAGUGCUAUGCUAACUGUGUGCUGGAAAUGAUGCAAGCGAUUCGCAAAGGUAAAGUAAAUGCAGAUGCUGCCAUAAAACAGAUUGACAUGCUGAUUCCCCCGGAAAUUGGAGAACCGACAAAAGCAGCAUUCGACACUUGUCGAAAUUCAGCCGAUGGGAUUAAAAAUAACUGCGAUGCAGCCUACGCACUGGUGAAAUGCCUACACAAGAACAACCCAAAAUAUUUCUUCGCUUAG